UGUAGAUCUGGUUCUGUUGUUACAUUUGGUCAUAAAAAAUGUGUUUACUGUUUUAAACAAUAGAACAUACUUUCAGUUCAGUGUCCGGCACGGCGCGACGACGAGGAAUAAUCAGUUGCUCUGAAAAUGUGCAGUAGUAAUGUUCAAGAUAAGGACUAAUGUUUUGUUAAAUAUUUGUAUCUUAAUAGGGCUGUGUCUUCUGUUUUAUUACGCGUUUUUAACGCACAACAGUAUUAAUCAAAGAUUGAAGAAGAAUGCAAGAAAGGAUAUCAAGCAUGUUAAAUUCAUAUCGACUGCCUUGAAAAAGCAAAAGGAAUACAAUAUUUGGUUGAUAUUCACAAAGGUAACCAAUAUAUCUACUCUGCGCUUUAAAUUCCGUGAUUUGAUACAUAAUUUAUUAAAUGUUACUUCUGUGCCUUUAAAAUUUAAUAUUAUUGUGGAUAAAGUGUCUCAACGGAUAGCAGAAAGUCAGAUAUCCGAUGUUGUAUUCUACAUGAAUAAGUCAUUGGUUUAUUCUUUUUAUGACAUCGAAGAGUGUGCUAAGAAAAUACAGGAUAUCGUACAAGUUAUGACACCAUAUUUUAGCUCUAAACCUGGUACUUAUUACAGUGAUGCCUUGUUCUAUAUUUCCUUAGGCCUGUAUAGAAUUGCUCCACAUAAUCAAGACAUAGCAAUACUACUAGAUUGUGAUUUAUAUUUUAAGAAAGAUGUGGCACUAUUAUUUAAUGAGUUUGAUAAGUUCAAACCAACCGCUUUAUUUGGCUUAGCUCCCGAGCUAACCCCGGUGUACCGUCACGUCCUGCACAUGUAUAAAGCAAAGCACAACACAACCUUCGGCGAGUACUACCACCAACAAAACAUAUCCAAUGCAACCCAUCCACGGGGUUUCCAGGGCUACAACUCUGGAGUGGUCUUACUGAAUCUCAAAGCACAAAGGAACUCCACCGAGUUUCCCAAAGUUAUAACUAAUACGACAGUAAAGCAGAUGACCUCCAAAUAUAGAUUCAGAGGCCAUUUGGGUGACCAAGACUUUUAUACCCUGCUAGGGUACGAAUACCCCCACUUAAUCCAAACCUUAAAUUGUGGGUUCAACAGACAACUCUGUACUUGGUGGCGGGAUCACGGGUACAGAAAUAUCUUCGACUAUUACGCCAAAUGUGAUCACGAUACUGUUGUCUUGCAUGGUAACUGCAAUACUAGGAUACCUAAGUAAACGAGAACCAAUGUACUUUUAUGGCAUUAGCCGCCAAUGUGAUAUAAUAUGAUGAUUGAAUUACAAAAUCGUUAGCUCUUAAGAGUUAUUGCCUACGAAUUUUUUAGGUAGAUUUAGGGGGUGCACUAAAAUGCUUGGCUGGACUUUAAUAGCAGGUUUCACUUCAACUAAAAAAUUUCCUAUAAACCUGUGUCGGCAUAAGCUUCGAGAUACAAAGGGUUUAAGUUUAAAAAAGUCAACAUCAUACGAGGUUUGAUCAAAAAGUAACGGGAAUUGUUAAUUUUCUUAGACAGUAUUUUAUUAAUCUUUGAUUUUUAUCCCAUCCCCUUCAAAGUAGUCCUCGUGUGAUAUUAUACACAUAACAUAGGUUUUAGUUUGAAAGACACUGGUGGAACACCUCUUUAGGUAUUGUCUUGGGUACGGUUUGCUAUUUUGCCUUUAUCUCAUCCUUUUGAGAUUGGCAAAUAGGAAAAAGUCAUGUGGGUCAUGUUCGGGGAAUAGGAUGGUUGAAGCAUCACAAUGGUGUUGGAUAAGUAGAGCAGUAUGCGCUGGUGCGGUGCCAUCGAGCAAAAUCCAAGAGUUGUCUCUCAUGUUCUUGUCGUUUUCUCCUGAUUGACUUACCCAAAUUGCGCAAAACUUGUAGUUAGUAUUCCUUGUUAACUGUACGAUCCGGUACAGUAGUUUUAUUGGCUUUCCUGAAAACAUUUGUUAACUUAUGGGUCAUAGCUAUGACAUAGUAUUGUCGCCAAAGCCCUUUUUUAACAUUUUGAACACUUCUCUGUACUUAAUUCCGAUUUUAUCGCAAAAUAUCAGACAAUCUUUCUGAUCCAAAAUUGCGCCACACAAAAAAUCGCUAAAAACACGAGUAAGUGGCUCGCUAAACACAAACUAAGUGUGGCAGCUGCCUCAAAAUUGACAAUUACAUCAUUGACAGUGCUGCCAAUACAUAAAAAAGAAUCAACUAAAUAGAGAAGAUACAACACACGCAAUUUGAAAAUUUCUGUUACUUUUUGAUCAAACCUCGUACAAGUUUGUUUACUUAUCUAAUUCCAGGGCUGUCAUACUAAUUU